CGGCUAUACCAGACCGGCGACUUGGUGCGCCGCAAUCUUGACAGCUCUCUCAUCUACAUUGGCCGCUGCGAUGCACAGGUCAAGAUCCGUGGCCAGCGCGUUGAGCUUGCCGAUAUCGAGUACCACGUCCGUCGCGCCCUCAAUGCAGAGGCCGUGGUAGCUGAUGUGCUGGGUGGCAGCCUGGUUGCCUUUAUCCAAGCGCGCAAUCUCGACCUCGACAUUGACCUCGUCCAUGUCUACAGACUCCUAGCCCAUGUCCUGUCUACUUACAUGAUGCCGUCUACAUACAUGGCCGUCGACCACAUUCCGUUGACGGAGAAUGGCAAAACUGACCAGCGGAAGCUGCGGGCCAUUGGUGCUAAACAG